GUAAAAGGAGGACAGAGAGAAAAGAGAAUGUAGGAGGAAAGAGAACAGAGGGGGAAGGAGAGAGAAAAGGAGGGAGGAGAAAGAAGAGGAGGCGAGAAAGAGAGAGAGAGAGACAGAGAAAGAGAACCACAGGAAAGAUUUAUAGCAUUCAUUUCAUUUCACAAUACAGAUUAGAGUGUUUCUCUAAAAUACGGGAUCUUUGAACAUCUGCUGUGUGUCCCAUCUCUGUUCUCUCCAUCAAAAUCAUCGACAACAUGGAAUCAGAAAACCAAACACAUGUAGCAGAAUUCCUCCUCCUAGGCUUCUCAGAGAAUCCAGAACUGCAGCUUCUUCUCCUUGGAAUGUUCCUGACCAUGUACCUGGUCACUGUGCUUGGGAACCUGCUCAUCAUCCUGGCUGUCAACUCAGACUCCCACCUCCACACCCCCAUGUACUUCUUCCUCUCCAACCUGUCCUUCAGUGACAUCUGUUUCAGCACCACUACGGUCCCCAAGAUGCUGGUGAACAUUCAGACACAGAGCAAAUCCAUCAGUUACACAGGUUGCCUCACCCAGAUCUGCUUCUUCCUGGUUUUUGCUUGUUUGGAAAAUUGUCUCCUUGCAGCAAUGGCCUAUGACCGCUAUGUGGCCAUUUGUCAUCCACUGAGGUACAGGGUCAUCAUGAACCCCCGCUUCUGUGGCCUGCUGAUUCUUCUCUCUUUGUUUAUUAGCAUCAUGAAUGCCCUGCUCCACAGUCUAAUGGUGCUGCGUCUGUCCUUCUGCACAGAUCUGGAAAUCUCCCAGUUUUUCUGUGAACUUCCUCAGGUCCUCAAGCUUGCCUGUUCUGACACACUCUUUAAUAACAUCCUGUUAUAUUUUAUGACUAGCAUUUUGGGUGCUGGAACCUUCCUUGGGAUCAUUUUCUCUUACCUGAAAAUUGUCUCUUCCCUCCUGAAAAGGCCUCCAACAGGUGGAAUGUAUAAAGCCUUUUCUACUUGUGGGUCUCACCUCUCAGUUGUUUCCUUGUUCUACGGGACAGGUAGUGGGGUGUAUCUUAGCUCUACAGCUACUGUCUCCUCUAGGAAGAGUGCAGUUGCAUCAGUGAUGAACACCAUGGUCACACCCAUGCUGAACCCCUUCAUCUACAGCCUGAGGAACAAGGACAUGAUGGGUGCUUUGCAGAAACUCAUCUCUAAAAUAUCUUCUUUCUAUUAA